GCGUUGCUGCCACGACGGUAUUCAUAUUCCAUAUUUACUGUCCUGUCUUCGAAUCCGGCAACUUCUUUUAUUACCGGGAAAGGGGGUGUCAGAUUUAUCGUCAAUAAUACUCUCGUUAAUAAAGAUGACGAAAAAGAUUUAAAUGCGAAGAAAACUUAUCGCUAAUCAAUAAACAAAUGACUGAUUUAAAAAAAAAGAAUUCCGUGUAUUUAAAAUAAAAUUAAUUUGAAAUUAGAAUUCUUAGCCAAACAAAAAUUAUUUUGAUUUGAAAUGGCCAAUACUGCAGAACGGAAAUUUCAUAGGUUAAACCUAUAAUAAUCCGAGGGCUUUAUUAUAUCUUCUGUCGGACAUACAGACAACAUAUUUUCAGCAGAAUGUAUAAAUUUUGGAGCCGCCUGCUAGCUCUGUUCUUCAACAGGCUCCCCGUUCAGUUAAAUUCAAAUUCAUUUUCAGUGCUUUCCAUUUUUGCAGUAAUAUUAAAAGUAACUUGUUAUCAAUAUGUUCCCAUAAAUAGCCAUAGAUGACUUAAUAUUACCAAGCUCUGGGGUAAACAAUUUUAUUAAGCAUAAUUCAGGCAUGUUGUUAAAAGCCGUGCCUUUUUAUUUAACAAAAAGGCAAGGCAUCCAAAUAAUUGUCAUUGGACUGUUUUGUAGGUACAUCGGAACCGGUCACAUCUAACGUGUCUUGGACUUGGAGUCCUCAGCAAAUAGUGGCCGGCACUGAAGCGGUCACCGUGUGGGCUGUCGGCGACACCACAGGACCUUUGCUUGCCGAGGCGGACGCGCUGGUGGCGCUGCCGCGCGGCUGCGGCGAGCAGAACAUGGCGCGCCUCGCCACCAACCUGCUGGCGCUGCGCCUGCUGCACCCGCACGCGCCCGCCGCGGCGGCGGCCAGGGACCACGUCGCCAGGGGGUUCACGCGGCAGCUGCAGUACGUGCACCCGGCGGGCGGCAUCAGUGCGUUCGGUGCCGCGGACCCUUCCCCCUCCACUUGGCUCACGGCUUUCUGCCUAAGAUACCUGAGAAAGGCUUACCAGGUUAUACAUUUUUACUAUAUCAAAUAUAUUAUUAUUUUAAGAUAAUUAAAGACCAUUACUUUUAUAAAUUUUUCGUGUUUUUUGAAGUCAAGACUUCUAUAUACUUGUGAUUUGAAACUAGAUGAAAUGAAAAAGCGACACUAAAAAUAAACUGACAUAAUACAUCUUUAGGAUUUACCCUAAGAGAGUAUGAGAUAUAAUACAGUAUACAGUGUUUGUUAUAGUCUAAAUAUUUGGUUAAAUUCCAUCUAUUGAACAACGUAGGAACUUUUACGCUAUGUGCUAUAUGGCAGAUAUGUACAUAGCUUCAACUAUUUUAUCGACAGACGGCAUUUUUUUAAACUACUCAGAAAACUUGCCCCAUGUGGGGAAAAACUCAUUUGUUACACAAAAAUGGACGUUGAAAUCGUUUAUUGAUCUUAAAAUAUUUUGACAUUAGUACACUGACCUCUAUAUAUAUUUUCUUCACUGAAUUCUUCUCCUGCCGUCGCCGAAUCAUUACUUAAACAAAAUGUAAAUGUGUGUACAAAGAAUUUUACAUUUCAUAAAGUGUCAUCAAAAGAUAUUGUAAAAUAUUUUAAAACUAUUGAUGUUAAGAAAACUGCGGAUCUGUGGGGGAUUUCCGUUAAAGUUAUUGCGUCUAUAAUAGAUACAAUCGCGCCUCAUUUAGCUAUUAUUUUUAAUACUAGUAUCGAAUCUGGUGUGUUUCCUGAUUUAAUGAAGCAUAGUAAAGUAAUACCUUUAUUUAAAUCUGGUAGUACAUUAGACCCCGCAAAUUUUAGACCUAUUUCUGUACUACCAACACUUAGUAAGAUUUUUGAAAAAAUUGUUCUUGAUCAAAUGUUAAAUUUUUUUAAUAUAAAUAAUUUACUUCAUAAAAAUCAAUUUGGUUUCACAAGGGGUCGCUCGACAACUGAUGCCGGUGUUGAGCUGAUUAAAUAUAUCUUUAAUGCAUGGGAGAAUUCACAGGAUGCUUUGGGUAUAUUUUGUGACCUAUCCAAGGCCUUCGAUUGUGUUCACCAUGAAACAUUAAUCAGGAAACUUCAACACUACGGUGUAAGAAGUGAUGCCCUUAAAUUAAUUAUUUCAUAUUUAAGUAAGAGAACGCAAAAAGUUGUCAUUAACAAUAUGAGCUCUUCCGGAUCGAUGGUACAAAUGGGCGUGCCUCAAGGCUCAAUUCUCGGCCCCUUUCUGUUUCUUGUAUACAUUAAUGACUUACCUUACAUAGUAGGGGAUAACCAUGAUAUAGUAUUAUUUGCAGAUGACACUUCUUUAAUUUUCAAAUUAAGUCGACAGUUACUAAAAUAUGACGAAGUAAAUAAUGCUAUCUCUAAAUUAGUAAAUUGGUUCGAUGUUAAUAAUUUGCAUUUAAAUGGCACUAAAACAAAAUGUAUGAAAUUCGUGACUCCAAAUGUCAAACAAUUAAAUACUAAUGUAAUUUUAAAUGGGGAGAAACUGAGUCUUGUAGAUACCACCAUUUGUCUUGGAAUUACACUAGACGCGAAGCUUCAAUGGAGCCCCCAUAUAUCAAAACUAUCAAGCAGACUUAGUUCUGCAGCAUAUGCUGUAAAAAAGAUUAGAAGUCUAACCAGUGUUGAAACAGCUAGACUAGUUUACUUCAGCUACUUCCAUAGCAUAAUGUCGUAUGGUAUUUUGCUAUGGGGACACGCAGCUGACACUGAAAUUAUAUUUGUUUUGCAGAAGAGGGCCAUAAGAGCAAUUUAUGAUUUAAAGCCUAAAGAGUCGCUGCGACAAAAAUUUAAGGAAAUUAAUAUAUUAACUUUGGCCUCUCAAUACAUUUAUGAAAAUGUAAUGUACGUACAC